UGAAUUUCUUUUAGUUGUAUUCUGUUUUUAAAACUGAAAAACCAUUUUUAACCUUCUUCCUCUCUCUUCUUUGUCUCUCUCCGGCCACUUCUCCACGACGACCGACCACCCAGACCUACAGAGCUGCUUCUCUUCCGGUCACCGGGGAGCUCUUUCUCUGUUCUGUUCCAGUUCAGAUUAGUGAGUGUAGUAGGAGGAGGACAUUGGUGGUGGAGAGAAGAUGCUUAACAGAUUAAGUAGGCGGUCUUUUCGCACUGUUGGUGGUCCAAGGCCAUGGCUUUUUGUGGGUUUGGGAAACCCAGGUGAUAAAUACAAAGGAACUAGGCAUAAUGUGGGGUUUGAGAUGAUUGAUACUUUUGCUCAAUCACAAGGCAUUGAAAUGAACACAGUUCAUUGUAAAGCUAUUUUUGGACAGGGUUUUGUUGGUGACACUCCUGUUUUCCUUGCAAAGCCUCAAACCUAUAUGAAUCUAAUUGGUGAAUCUACAGGACCACUUGCUGCAUACUAUAAACUACCUCUGAAUCGUGUGGUUGUGUUUCAUGAUGAUAUGAACUUACCAUGUGGCGUUCUUCGUCUGCACGAUAAGGGAGGUCAUGGAUGCCACAAUGGGAUGAAGAGUGUGAUCUAUCACUUUAGAGGAAACAAAGAAUUUCCUCGGCUAAGAAUUGGUAUCGGGAGGCCACCUGGUCAAAUGGAUCCUAAAGCGUUCUUACUACAAAGAUUCAGCUUAACCGCUCAAGAACGGAUUGAUACCGCAUUGCGAGAAGGAGUUGACAUAUUGAAUCUUCUACUAUCCAAGGGCUUGUCAGAGAGUGCAAGAAGGUUUAACACAGAGCAAAAGUACAAGCAUAUAAGAUUGCAGACACUGCCCACUUGAAAAAAAAAGCCUUAGCUGUUUAGUUUUUUUCUCAGCUGGAAUUAUACAAAUGUUAGGUAGGUUUUGUAUAUUGAGAGGGGAUUCAUACAUUAAAGGUGGUUUUGGUAAAAGGGUCCUUAGUAUAUUCCAUUUUUGUGUCUAUUGUAGAAAAAAGUGGGGUACCCCAAAAUUUGAUACACUUUAUGUUUCAUCAUGAUAUGAUGAAAUUUUAUAUUAUUCUUAUAGCUUCUUUGGUCAAUUUCUACAAUUUUGUUGCUGAUUUUACUUGGUCAAUAUAACUAUAUCUAUAAAGCUGAGUUUUGAGUUUGA